AUGUCCUCUCUAAAAGAUGCACAGAGAAUUGUUGAAGAAGGUCCUGUUAAUCAGUGGGGGCGUGCGGUAGAGGUCGCCGACAACAAUGGAAGAACUGAAAAGGCGGCGACAGGAAGAAAGUCGUCCACCAAAGCAGAUCUUCAAUUCUCCGUCGGUUGCAUUGCUAGGUUCUUGAAGAAAGGUCGUUAUGCACAGGGUUUGGGAACCGGUGCUCCAGUUUACCUCACCGUCGUUCUCGAAUAUCUCGCCACCGAGGCUCUUGAAUUGGCUGGAAAUACUGCGAGAGAUAACAAGAAGAAUAGGAUUAAUCCUAGACACGUGCGCCUUUCCGUGAGGAAUGAUGAUGAAUUAGGAAAAUUACUUCAAGGAACGACAAUUGCGCAUGGUGGAGUUUUUCCUAACAUUAACCAAGUGUUGUUGCCAAAGAAAACUAGUUCUGCUUCUGAGAAAUCUGCUGCUUCUAAUUCACCAAAAAAAAGAACUUCCCUAUGACAAUUAGUAACAGGCCAAUACUCCAACGGAUAUAACCACCUGCUUCCAAAAUCUCCUUCUUGAAUCCCUCCAACCAAAAC